AUGGACAAAGGGGAUAGAAUCGAAUUGAGGAGGAAUGAAAGGAAGGGAGAAGAUGUGACGCGAGGGCGAAAGAGGAGAGAAAGGGUGGAAUUCUCCAUCAUCUUUGAUUCAUAUAAUAUCCUCUAUGUCAGAUCUGGCUCGAGAUGGCGAUCACUUUGCGUGGGAAAGAUGAGAGUAGGAUCGGCUGUGGCAAGGAGGAAUGAGUGGCAAAGAUGGACGAAAGUCAUGAGCAACUUAAUGUACGUCGCCGCCAACCCACUAUUACUCAGCUCAGCUUACGCUGCUUAUCCCUCGUAUUGGGGAUCAUACAACCGUUGGGGACGAUACGGUUAUGGACCAGGCUACGGUCUCGGUUGGGGUUCCAGUUGGUAUAAUCCCUACAUGAUGGGAUAUUGGUAA